AUGGAAACAGUUGAUCUUAAAGUCAUCAUCAUUGGAGAUGCUGGAGUUGGUAAGACGUCUCUAAUGUAUCGAUUAGUCAGAGACAAGUUUGAUCCAGCCUUUCUGACAACAAUUGGUGUAGAUUUUUUGAGAAAAAAAGUCUCAGGAGAUGAACAAACCUAUCAACUUGUUCUGUGGGAUACUGCUGGUGCUGAGCGAUUUACAUUGGUGUUCUCUGUUGAUAAUCGUGAUAGUUUUAAUAACUUAGACAAAUGGUAUAAUGAGUGCAUACAAUAUACACAGGUUAAUAUUGAACAUGUACCAUUUGUUUUAUUGGGUAAUAAAACUGAUCUUGAGACUGUAAUAACAGCAGAUGAAGUAAAGACAUGGUGUGAUAAACAUCAUAAUAUCCCAUAUGUUGAAACUAGUGCUAAAAAUGGAACUGGAGUCCAAGAGGGUUUUGAAUUGAUAAUGGAAGGAAUUCCUGACCUCAAAGUAAGACUCAUUGGAGAUGUUGGAGUGGGUAAAACAUCUCUUAUGUAUCGAUUUGCUAGAGAUACCUUUGGUCCAGAUAUCCCAACAUCCAUUGGAGUUGAUUUUUUGAGAAAGAAAGUUUCAAUAGAUGAAGAAACGUAUCAAUCACUGUCUGGGACACUGCUAGGGUGA